CUCCAACCUACGAUUGAGGCACAUUAGGCAGAGUCGACCCGAUGUGGGGGGUUUCCCUGUUUCGCUUUCCUUUUUCCUUGUCCUGGCCUAUGGUCGUCGUCUAAGCCACGUUCCUGAUCAGCCAGACGAUCUCGAUGCUAAAUUUCUCAACUAACUGGAACGGCGAGCAGCCCUGAACUUUUUGAUAGAAAGGAUAAAAAAACCCUUUCCUGGUUGGCUCAUGUAUCGAAAGGCUGGCUUGUGAUACCAAACUGCUUGAGAUCCGCAAGAGACUGCUAUCAUGGCAUUGAACCAACUGUUAACGUGGAUUCCACUCGCUGUCGCCGCCGCCGUCGCGGCCGUUGCCCUCCAGUUUGUUGCCCAGAUCAUUCACUAUCAUUUCUUUCACCCUUUGGCAAAGUUCCCGGGCCCAUUCUGGGGAGGAGUCACGAGAAUAUGGAUUGCGCUUCAAUUCUACUGGGGCACCGAGUUGGAGACCCAACAGAAGCUACAUGCUAAAUAUGGACCCGUCAUUCGAGUAACACCGACGAUGCUCUUGGUCAGCGACUCGAAAAAGCUGCCCGAGAUGUACAACCGCCUGGCUGACAAGUCCGACUACUACAUCAGCCCCAGUUUUGGUCCGGUUGAGAAUAUCCUGGUAACACGAGAUCACAACAAGCACACCCAGCUUCGCAAGGUCAUGGCAGGCCCUUACAGCUUUUCCAACAUCAAGAAAAUGGAGCCUCUAGUCGACGCGAGAGUAUCACGUUGGUUGGAACGGUUGCAGACUGAAUUUGUGGACAAGAACAAGCCCGUGGAUUUCACCCCGUGGACAGUGUUUCUCGCGUACGACGUCAUCAGCGAGAUUGGCUUCGGCGCUCCCAUCGGAUUUGUCGAGGCCGGAUGUGACCGAGACGACAUCAUCAAGCACCUCCAUGCGGGACUUAGAGAGAAAGCCAUCCUAAACCGCCUGUACCCCUUUUUGAAGAUGGCCAAGAAGAGUUGGCUCGGCCGGAAAUACUUUGAAUCCAGUCCUGACGACAGCAAUGGCCUUGGCAUCCUGAUGAGGCUCCGGGACGAGUUGCUAGAGCGACGUCUGAAAGACAUAGAGUAUGGAAAAGAGGGCCGCCAGGAUCUCCUACAGACUUUCUUGAAGGCGAGGACGGCAGAGGGCAAACCGUUAGAGAUUUCAUACAUCAAGUCGGAGAUUCUCCUCGUCUUGCUUGCUGGUGCUGACACGACGGGAACCGUGAUGCAGGGGCUGAUCCAUCAGUGCAUCACGCGGCACGAAAUCUACAAGCGGCUGGUGGACGAGAUUGACGAGGCGGAGAGAAAUGGGCAUCUGUCAGCCACGCCGCAGUACGAAGAGGUGUCCAAACACUGUCCGUAUUAUGUCGCUUGCGUGCGUGAGGUCAUGCGACUCUGGCCAUCGUCACCUGCCCUCUUCCCUCGACUCGUAUCAGCGCCCGGAAUCGACUUCAAUGGCAAGCUUGCCCCACCGGACACCGAGGUGGCUUCGACUCCCUUCUUGAUCCAUCGAGACAAGGACAUGUAUGGACCUGACGCAGAAGAGUUUGUUCCUGAGAGGUGGCUAGACCCAGAGCAAUGCAAGAAGUACCUGAAGUACUUCUUUGGCUUUGGCUACGGCGCGCGCGUGUGUCUGGGAAAAGAUAUUGCGCACAUGGAGAUCUUCAAGGCUCCCAUGCAGUUGCUUCGCCGGUAUAAUGUCUCGGCGGCCGACAAAGACCGAGUAGGGACUUACACUGUAGUUGGCGGUGUUUCAUACUGGAAAGACAUGUUUAUUACCAUCACAACGAAGAAACGAGAGACAUAAGGAUUUAGGUGGCUGUAGUUGUCCUACCGCCCCGUCUGUACUUAUCACCUUCAUGAUCCCAUAAUUUGUCAAAGACUAGAGCGACAGCAUUAUAUUCUACAGGCAGGGCGCAGAUGAUCCCAACCUUGAAGUCAUUGCGGGAGAGCGGAGCAGAAAACAUGAUAGGAUUGAGAUUCGAGACGCAUAGCUCAGUGCUUAGUACUUGAGAAUAGGUAAUCUAGGAGGACCGCCGUCCGUUCCGAA